AUGGGAGAUAUCUGGCUGGUUGGAUUGAUGGUACUUAUGUACAUCUGGUUUCCCAAGGUCGCUGCUCAGCAUCUCUUAAAAAAACCCAGGGACCAGAAAACAGAGCAUACCCUCUUGAUUAAUGAAAUCAAUGCUGACAGCCCAGGAGAGGACAGUUCUGAGUUUGUGGAGCUCUAUCACACCAGUGGUCAAACAGCCCGCUUGGAUGGCUACUAUCUGGUCUUCUACAAUGGCAAUGGAAACCAAGCCUACAAAGUUUUGAACCUCCAGGGCAAAGUUACUAACAGCCAAGGGCUCUUUCUUGUUGGCUCCUCUUCUGUGAACCCUGCUAUAAUAAUUCCUAAGAACACUAUCCAGAAUGGCCCUGAUGCAAUUGCUGUCUACUAUGGAAAAGGGAAGUACAAAGAGGGCAUGAGCGUCACAAGUUAUGGACUAGUAGAUGCCUUGGUGCACAAGACUAAGAAGAUGGACAGAGCAGAUACGCUGGUCAGGGUACUGACCCCUGGCAGAGAUGCUUUCCUGGAGGACUCCACCUUCAGGACCAUGGAUGAGUCAAUAGAAAGGUGCCACAGGGCAGAUUCUCAGUGGAUCUUCCAAGUGGCCAUGCCCACCCCAGGCACAGAAAACCACUGCAUCCUAACUUCUCAGCUCAACACAUCUGCUGUCCUCAUCAGUGAGGUCCUUACUGCCUCUUCUUCUGAAGAGUUCGAGUUCAUAGAGCUUCAGGGUCCCCACUCCACCAUGCUGAGGGACAUUGUUCUAGUGGUGAUUGAUGGUCGGAGCAAAGACAUUUAUCUCACCAUGGACAUUUACGGCAAAACCUCACUGGAUGGGCUACUUCUGAUUGGUCCAGCACAAAGCAAAACCCCAGUGGAUCUGCCGUUCCCGGAGAACAUCACCCGUCCUGUCCUCAAAGGUGGCCCCAGUGCCAUUGCCCUCUACAGAGGCAACAGCAGCAGUUUUGUCCCGGGGAAGGCACUGCCGGUGACCGGCCUGUUGGAUGCCUUCGUGUACACAAGCAACGAGGAACUGAACCCUGAGCUGCUGGAGAUCCUGACUCCCGGCAGACAUGCCUACAAGGAAAAGCGGCACCAACUGGAAAAUAUGUCCAUGAGCCAGUGCAACUGCUGCUCUGUGACCCGGGACUCCUUUUCCUAUGUCCUCAGCAGGCCCACCCCUGGCAAAUUCAAUGAUUGCCCCAGCAAACGCUUCAGCCAGACUCUUUCUUUCUGCCUUCAUGUAGCAGAUUGCCAGGACUGGGUCCUGAAGUCAGAAGAGAUCCUGAUGGCUCUGGUCCAGGCCCUCGAUGGAUCCUGCAGCUGUGGAGUCUCUGCUGCCUACUUCAAAGGUGUCCCAUCAGAGAUACCAGAAGGGACUCAAGAACCUUCUGUGCAAGUGGCCAAGCUACUCAUCAACGAGGUGAACCCAGACAACCCAGGGGGAGGAGAGGAUGCAGAAUACAUUGAACUCUUCUACACUGGACAGACACGCUUUGACCUCCAGGGAUACUGGUUGGUCCUCUACAACGGUAAAAAUAGCCGGGCCUACCGGGUGUUGGACCUGUCUGGACACCACACAGAUAAGCUGGGUUACUUCUUGGUAGGGAGCAGUGCCAUGAGCCCAGCACCCAUGAUUAGGCUGCCCCCCAACACCAUCCAGAACGGGGCGGAUGCUGUGGCUCUCUACUACAGCAACACCACCCUCUACACAGUGAGCAUGGCUGUGACUGCAGAGGGGCUGGUAGACGCUGUGGUGUACACAUCCCGAAUGCCAGAGAAGGCAGACCAGCUGAUCAAAGUGCUGGUACCAGGGCAGAGCAUCUUGUAUGAAAACGAUUCUCACAGCACCGAAGAUGAGUCUCUGAGCCGCUGCCACAGCCUGAGCACGAAACUCCAGAGCAGCUUCCAGGUGACCACAGUGACACCUCUAGGGGAGAACUUCUGCAGCAGCUCCUCGGUGCCGGUCCCUCCUGUCGUUCACAUCAGUGAGCUGUGCCUGGCCGGUGGCACUACCCCCUACCACUUCGUUGAGCUGGAGGGGAAGCCUGGCACCAGCCUGGGAGGGCUCAGCCUGGUCUUCUUCUCAGGGAAGGAAGGCAAGGUGCAUGCCAGUGUCCCACUGAGGGGCACAGUUGGAGCCACGGGGCUGUUCGUGUUUGCACUGGACAGAGCGCAUGGGCACGAUGGCACAAACCUGAUUUUCAAGGACAUCUCUGCUGCUAGUGAAGGCUCCAGCGCUAUUGCUGUGUACAGCACCAGCGUGGUUCCUGGUGGCACAAAGGCAACAUCAGAAAACUUGGUGGAUGCCUUGGUUUACACAUGUGAGCCCAGUGCAGCUGGAGGACAUUUGGACUUCCUCGGAGCAUCUUACGCUGUGCCCUGCAAGGAUGACAGGCCCGUGUCCCUGAGCCGUUGCACCUCCAGCAAUGCCAGCGCAGAGCUGCAGUUUGGCAUCUCGGACCCUACCCCUGGUCUGCAGAACAGCUGUCCCCAGGAUGCCUUCGCAGUGGAUCUCCACCUCUGCCUCCUGACACCCAACUGUUCCAUAUGGACCCUGCACCACAGGAGGAUGCUGAAAAGCUUGGGAAAGGUCUUGGUGAACUCCCUAGAAGAGAAGUGCUCCUGCGGCGUCUCUGAACUCUACCUGCAAGACCUGAACCUGAUGUGCAUGGGCUCCCUAGUGAAGGUCUGGGGCCAGGUGUGGGCUCGGCAGCUGGCGCAGCAGCGGUCCAUCGAGACCUGGCGCCAGGGCUUCCUGACCAGCCCCCACUCCUUCUCCGUGGAUGGGAGAGUGCUGGAAACCAGUCCUGAGUGCAUCACCCCAAAAAAUGCACUGUCCAUGUCACACAAUGGUGCUUCCUUCCAGGGCUGGGAAAUCACCCUGUUUGUUGUGGGAUCUCUCCUGCUCGUGUUCUUGUUGGGCGGCCUGGCAUUUUACUUCACCAAAAGACGUCCCCAAAAUUACACCAACAUUGAAAUGACUGACCGCAGGGAGAUUGCAGCAGACUUCUAA